UAACCAUGUUUCAGAAACAGAACCACAGGAAUUUUACGAAAUGCAAGGGAAAUGGUGGCACAAAUUUGGACAUUCUCGGCGUGGGUUGGAACACAUAGCCUCCAAUUCCGAAGGUCGGCAGCGACAUGCGAAUGCUCGGUAUGCGAUACGAUCUGUUUUAGAAGAACAACAACGCCAAGAAAUGUUUUUACCGAAAGGUUACUUUGAUGUAGACAAGUUCCGGUCUGUCUAUCUGAAGCAGACACACUGGGCUCGACUGUUAGCACUAGCGGCAGGUGAAUCAGAUACCGAUGCCGUACAAACCAAUUUCGACGAGUCUCGAAGGAAACCACGAGAGCACUAUCUAAAGAAACACUUCGACAACAACAUCGACAACGCAGCAACAAACAACGAUGUGGACAUACCCAAUUUUAUGAAGACUAUCGUAUCAACGGCGCGACCAACCAAAAAACUGAAUUUAGAUGCGAACACGAUUUCUCAAAUUUGUUUCCGGAAUUCACAGAUAGAUCCAAGAUCAGACAACAGCAAGCUGAAAGGUCACAAUAACAAAAAGAAGAAUAAGGUUACAGGAAAGACUCAACUUUCCAGCAAGCCUGCUGCUCCUGAAUCACCGUCGUCUCCAGACGAAGAGGGAAAGGCGAAAGAAACUGUUGUCAACGACGACGCGUCGACUUCUACAGAAGAUUCGUCGACGUCCAAUCUCGCAAAAAUGGCUGCUGGGUGGGGCGGAGACGAAUCGUCCUCCCAAGAAGAUAUGUCGUUCGUGUUGAUCGGUAUGGGAAUUGCCGAGAAGCCGAAUAUAACGGUGGGGUAACAAACAUCAAACGAAAUACAAAGCUUUAUCAAGG